GCGACUCAGACGUCAGCUUGUUCGGCCAGUCAGCAGUAGGACUUGUCGUUUCGUUGUGACGGACAUGGCUCCUUCGCGGACGGCUUGGGCGACAUUUCGAUCAGAGACACCAGGGAUGAGCCACCGCUAGGCUGAAAAGAUUGAUUGUGCAAAUUUCUACCCAUCACCACCUGGAAAGAUUACCAGGUCCAUUCUCCAAGAUGUCUACCGACACGGGCAGCUGGAGUCGGAACGGUGCAAAACGGGUCCGCUUCGGUUCCUCAAACAAUCCCAAACAGCAGAACGGCGGCCACAAGGGCCUUCUCGAGCGCCUCAAUUCAGUAGACCAGGAACAGACAGUAGCACCUGCCCCUUGCGAUCCCGAGAAACCCCGAUACGUCGAUGUGACGGCAGCUUUCUUUGGCAAGCAGAGACGCCCGGCGCAGGAGAUCAACAGCCAGGUGUUGCCACCACAGCCACUCCCUCCUCGUCCGGUACAACAGCAGAAAGCCCAAUCGCAACGCCAUCAAGAAGUGGGGGAUGAAUCAAAGAAGCACCGUUCAUUUGCGAAUGAGUCAUCGGUGGCCAAGGAGCUCAGAGAGGAGCUGGCAGGCAAUGUCUUAGCUGAGUCCAGCGACCUCUACAACCACGGACUCGCCCGGAUCAGAGACCUCUAUCAAGCUUUGAGCAAUAUCAUGGCCGAUGCGAGCACGGUGCAUGAUCAAUUCAUCGCCCUUGUGGAAUCCAAUCAAAGGAAAAUCAUCAAAUCGCCCUCGGAGACAUUCGUUGGAAAGACCUACAGCGACGAUGUGGGGAAUGAAACUCGUCGUGAAGUCUGCAUCGGCGACGAGGUCUCUGGGGUCAACGAUCUCGUACUGAAUCUCGAAACGGAAGUGAACCAGUUAUGGGACGCUUGGGAGGCGGCUGACCACCAUGUCCAGACCAAGAUCUCUGAAGUGAGUGGUGGCACGUAUCUCUCAGCGCGGAAGAGCGACUGUGUUAAGGGCGUGUGGAAGUCCAUGGCGGACGACAUGGAAGUCCUCGGUGCAGAAGCGGAGGGUAUUAUUGAAGACUCACAUGAGGAGAUUCGGGCGUGCGAGAAGGAGUUUGGCAAGAAGAUAUAUGGUGUGAUGUCUGCCUUCCUGCAGCAGUAUCUGUUGGAAGACUGAGUGAAGGCGAAGACAUGCCAGCAUUUCUCCGCCUUCUAAGUUUCGUUUUUGGGGUGCAACUUCAGCAGACUGGACUAAUUCUGGAGGACAAAUACCUAGGUACGACAGGCAGGUCGGUCUUGUUACCAGUCAAGAGUUCUUCGACCAGGGUAUGGGUCACUUGGAACAAUGGUCCACGGAGGGGUUGAGCUAAUGUAAAGAGGCACCAUACAACUCUUGGAACAAAAGUCCAUCUAUC